UGCUUAUUUGCGCCGAACGUACAUAUACAAAGUGUGUUUGCUGCAGUUAUGGCCUCUGGAUGUAUGCCACCUAAAAAUAUCGAACUGGAAUUAGGAUGAGCUAUCUGUCGUCGGACACGUAGUAAUUCUUUAUGCCAUGCAGUGCUCGGCUUUAUGCAUUUUGUUAUGUGCAUAUGCUUAAAAAUAAAUUGCACGGGAAAUGUGGCGGACUUUAGCAAGCGUCGCUGAGGGCGACUUGGACGCUAGCGCGGAGGCUGCCAGACUCAGCUUCGAGAGGCUAAAUGCAGCAGCAGUCGAGCUACAAAAACACGUAAAGGAGCUCCUCGGGGAGUAUGCGGAAAGCGAUGCGGAUGGCUCGGGCUGCAUGCCCGGCUCAGACAGCGCCAACGCAGCCACUGCUGCGGUACAGGCGGCGGUCCAGGCAGCCCAGCUCCUUGACCGGCUUUGCGACCAGCCCCAGCAGCACAACACAAACGUUGUUGCCGAUGGGAUGACAUCCACAGCGGCUCCAGGCGCCAUCUUCACGCCCAAAGGCUUCCCCAACGACUUGGGCGCGUUACCCAACGGAGCCAGCGAGGGCCUCGGAUUGCUGUCUGCCGCGCAGACCUUCCUCAAGGCGGACGUGCCCUCCCUCACCUGGCCCAACGCGACUACUGCUGCUGCUGCCGCUGCUCCGGUGGCCACCACCGCGCCCGCAACCAUAUCUACUGCUGCUGCUGCUACCAGCACAACCCAUGCUCCUGCCGACCCGGACCCUCUAGCAGCUGGCCAGCAGGCGCCCUCCCGACAGCAGCAUGCAGCAGCAGCAGCUGCGGUCGUCCCGGACAGACACAGCGGCCAGCGGGGUGCCAGCCAGGGAGCAGGGCUGGGGCAGCUGGGCUGCGGGCCCGCGCCCGGACCCAUGGGUCAGGGUCUAGGGCCUCGACGCCCGACAGCCCUGGACAUAAGGCCCCUGGAGGGGUACCCCGUUGCCGCGGGGAAGCAGCGGCAGCGGAAGGAGGAGGAGGAGCAGAGGCAGGAGGAUCGCGCCAGGCUGCAGCGAGCCGUGCUUCAGGAGCUGCGUUGCCUCUACGGAGGCAGCCAUGGAAGCGCUGGUGCUGCUAGUGCUGCUGCUGCAGCGGAUCUUGACGAUGACGCAGCACGACCGUCGGUGGCAGUGAUGGAUUUGUUCGCCGUACACAAGCGGCAGUUGGCGCUGGUCCUGGGUGGCAAGGGGGUGAUGCUGACGCCUCCUCCUGGGGCGGCGGCGACGCCUCCAGCGAGUAUCGCCGUCAGCGAUGCGACCUGGUACCGCUUGCCGUGCCACUCAGCUGCAGAGCACCAACAACAGGAGGAAGAGGGCGAUGACCUCGUGUCCCGUACCGCACUGCUCCUAGCGGCGCUCUUCCACACUGCCAGCUGCUCCUCAGAUGCAUGGGCGCGGGUGUCAGAGGGCCUGGCUCACCCGCUCAUGCGGCCCGGAGCCUUGGGAAACCCCGCUCCGGAGGAGGAGCAGCUGGAGGAGGAGGAGGAAAGGAAUUGGGAGGUGGCGGCGGCUGCGGAGGAGGGCGUGUACAGCGAGGAGGAGGAGAAGGAGCACGAGGAGGAGGAAGGGGAGCCGCCGGAGCUCAAGGAGGCGGCUCGUGUGUUUGAAAGCCUACUCGACCCCCCCUCCACCUCUUGGCUGCUGGCCAUACUCAAGCGUAACAACCUCCACAACAGCAGCACGAGCAGUGACAGCAACAGCAAAAACGGUAACAACAACAGUAACAACUUCUCCAACCAGCUUUCGCAACACUUUCCGAAACGGCCUUCCGAACUUAGGCAAGCCGUACAGUCCUGGCUACAAAGCCAGCUGCGUGGGACCAAGGAUGCCCCGCAGCACCCUAGACACAUGCGGGGGCAAGAAGAGCAACAGCCGCCAAAGCCGCGGCUGCUGGACGACCCAUGGGUCACUCGGCGGCCGGCGGGGAAGGGCCGAGCCUUGGAUUCAGCGGCAGCGGCGCCAAGUAUGUUUGAAAUGAUCCUGGAUGAUAUCGGGAAGGCAGCAGCAGAAGGGUGGCGGAAGAGGCGGACUGUCGGACUCUCCAGGCGACCGGAUUUGCAGCUGUACCUGCGGCGGGCGCUUCCGAAGACCUACCUGCAGAUGGUGGGGCAGCAGCUGCUGUGUCUGGCGGUCGUGCAGCUCCCCUGCGUGUUGGGUCUGCCGGAGCGGCCGCCCGCGUCCGUACUGCGGGAUCUGUACGGCAGGCCCUUUGGGGAGGCCGUGAAGCGGGCCAUUCAAGCCGCUCUGGCCUCAGCUCCAUCGGACCGCGUCGUUGCCUCCCAAGCCUCCGCACGCUGCUGCAACGGCAGCAACACUGCCGGCGGCGGUAGCGGCGCGGUGACCCGUGGGUCAGUCGGAACCGGGAAAACUACCACCACCGCCACCGCUGCUGCUGCUGCUGCCUCAGCUCCUGGCGCCCAACCGCCGGCGUGUUUCAAUGCUGCUGACCCCUCCUCGGCUGCCACCUCCCCGUGUGUGACCAGGAGGUUGCGGGGCUGGGUGGCCCGGUUGGAUCGGGUGUUUCGGGACGUAUCCGAAUUCCUGGAGGGUUUCAGUACCAUCCUGUUGAUGACGCGAGGACGAUGCGAUCCAACCGAUUCCAACCGCCACUCUCUCCACCACAAUCACCACUGCUCCCAUCAUUACCACCAUGACAGCCUCCAUGACGGCCAGUCUCGGGAAGCUCCCCCGACGGUGGAAGCCAGCUGCGCCUCCUUCUCCUCCUCAGCAGACUCCGCCUCCUCACUCGCCCUGCUGGAGGGGGUGCGAGGGGAGGUGUGGCGUGCCGUACUGCAGCUGCUGCCGGAGGUGCGGAGCCGCAUCCGUGGCUGCGUGCUGGCAGCGGUCAAGGACUACCUGGCUUCUGAUGGCAACACCGCUUCGGUGGCGAUCGAGGUGCUCACGGAGGUGGGAGAGUUCGCCGCCUGGCCGCCAUCCUCGCCCGCACCCUCGCCGUACGACACGCUGUUGCCGUACAACUGCCGUACCUCGGUGCCGUACAGUUCCGAUCCAACCGCCUCGCAACCGCCGUCUCUUGGGGCGUCACAACCAUCACCCCUACCUCGCUCCUGUCCAGACGACUCAUCAGACUCAAGCCGGAGGAAGCCGCCCUGCUUGCAUACGGCGGCACACCGGGUGUUGGGCCUUGUGGGGUGGCUGCAGAGUCGAGUGGAGGGCGACAGGCUGGGGGUGUUGCAGGCGUCCCUUGCCACUGCAGCGAUGGAGUCACUAUCCCUCCUGAUGACUCACCUGCAAGGAAAGGCUUGUACGGCACUGGUUGCAUGUACGGCAGGUUAUGACAUGCCGCCACCUCCGCCGUCUCAACCACCACCCCAGUCCUUAUCAACGCUAUCCGCCGCCGCCUGUCCCUACUAUAACAGAAGUCAAUGCGGUGACGUCGGUAGCAGCAGUAGCACUAGCAGCAAUGCCGGAAGCAGCAGCACUAGCAGCGGCGCUAGCAGCAGUGGCAGCGGCGCUAGCAGCAGUGACAGCGGCUUAUCGUGGUUAUCUGAGUCGCUCCAUGUCUACUCGGCUGCGUGUUGUGUUCGGCAGCGGCUAGUCAGCUUCGGAACCAGGGUUUUGGAGCCGUCAUCGCUGUUGUUGCUGUUGCUGCCGGAGGAGCUUAUGGUACAGCAGCAGCAGCAGCGGGAGGAGCAGGGGCAGUUCUCUUCGCCAAGCUCGAUUCCGCUAACAGGGGUUGAAGAUGAGGAGCAGCAGCAGCAGCAGCGGCAACAGCAGGAGCUGGAGUUGCUUCAGGGCUUUGUGCAACUACAUGCGAAGUGCCUUCUGCAGGUCGACGACCUCGCGUCCUCCCUCCAACGCCACAUCGUACUGUCGUACAUGCACCUGAUCCAAGAUGUCGUACUGUCCUCCCUGGAUCGCACCCACUGGUGCACCUACCGCCCCGGCGUGUGUCGAGGCGCCGCCGCGGGUCCUGCCGUACGGCAAUGGCAGGUGCUGCUGUUGCGGCUGCUGCAGGCGGCGGCAGCGCAUGCGUCUCCAGCUGCGGCGGGGAGCAUUGUGGGGCAGGUGCUUCAGGAGUCGCUGUCCUGCCUGGCCCACCGCUACCUGCAGUGUUGCCCCUCAGCCCACAUGAUACGGGAGUUCGUGGGGGAUGUCGUACACUUGUCUGCUACAGCCUUCCUGAUCUGCCAGCCCGUACACGUAGUACGAGUGCUGGGUAGUGCAGAGGAGCAGCGGAAACAGCAACAGUGGAAACAACAACAGCAACGACAAAAGCAGCAGCAGCAGCAACAACAGCAGCAAGAGCCGCAGAUGGUCGGGCGUGUGCGUGUGCAGGUGCCGAUUGAAAUGGUCCGUGCAGUGGUCGGGUGGGUGAGGGAGGUGUUGGUGCGGGCGGCUCUGCUACAUGUGUCAGCUGACACAUUGGAGCAGCUGGUGGAAAGGGC